AUGCGCGUUUCCCUCCCUCUGUCUCUCUCUACAUCACUCCAUCUAUCCAUCCAUCUAUCUAUGCACAUCUAUGUCAGUGACCAUAGUAACCAGCGCACGGGGAGCUUAGCAACGCAGAGCGGAGGAGGAGGAGGAGAGCUUCACCACAGAUGAAAAAACAGGUCAAUAAAUAAAUAAAGAGUGACUCUGCUGAUCCGCUCCGGAUCAUCUCAGCGCAGAGAAUCAACUGCCGUGUAUCGGAUCCUCCGCUCCGCGCUGAAUCAGGCGGAUUUCGGCCUGUUUUGGUGGUUCUAACCGCGGGGAUGAAGUUCGUCGUGGUGCUGGUGGCCGCCGGCAUGCUGGCCUUCGUGGGCGCGAUCAUCUGCAUCAUCGCCAGCGUGUAUCCGCGCUCCCGGGCCGCCGCGCCCCUGGCCCUGGCCGACAACCACUCCGCCGACGCGCUGCUCUCCUCCGGCUCGGUGGCGCAGGCCGGUCCGCUGGGCGCUCUCCACGGUGCUGAAUUCCCGGGCGCGCUCAACGGACCCGACGGCCCCGACUCUCUGGGCGCGCUGCACCGACCCGACUCAUUCGAGGGGGGUGGGCUCGGCCUGAGCCUGGAGGUGCCCUUCCCAAACGAGCUCACCGGCUCUCCCGGCCCCAAACACUUCUCCUUCAGCCGGCUGAUCUGCACUCCCGUCCCGCCGGGCGACUGCAGGACCCGGAGUCUGAAGGUACAGGCCGACCAGCCGUACGCCGACGGAGGAGACGCCGACGAAGACGAUGACGACUGGGGUCAGCUGAGCGCCGCCGCCGAGGAGCUCCGGCAGACCGUCCUCAGGCAGAACGACCAGAUCCUCAUGGACCAGAGAACCAUCCAGGAGCUGACGGGGAAGCUGUCGGAGUGCGAAAGCGGCCUGGAGGAGAGGAGUGUUCCUGAGCGCACCGUCGGAGCUUGGGCAGCCGGCCGUCGGCGACUCAUGGCCGGGGACGACGUGAGCACCUCGGCAGCACAGCUGCAGACAGCGAGGGCCGUGGAGGAGCUGGAAAGGGCCAUCCUCCAGCUGAAGGACCGCAUCGAGAAGCUAGAGCUGGAGAUGGUUCCUGCGGUGCUGAAUCACUCGGAGGCGGUGGUGGGGGCUCCUGGUGUAUCGGGUCAUGCUAGUGGGCGUGUGGAGGAUGUGGGUGGAGAUCUGGAGAAGAAGGUGAAGCUGCUGGAGGAGGGGAGGAAGAACCUGCGCAAAGAAACACAGAGCCACCACCAGCACAUCGACAAGGGAAUCAACACCCUGCAGGAGCGCAUCUCUGACCUGGAGCAAAGUCUCACAGUCCCCCCAUUCCCACAAGGCUACAAGCUGUCUUUCCCCCUGCGCACCAACUAUAUGUACGGCCUGGUGAGGCGGAAUAUUCCAGAGAUGUAUGCCUUCACAGUCUGCAUGUGGCUGAAGGCGUCUGAGAACGGAAUUGGAACGCCAUUUUCUUACGCCGUGGCUGAACAACCCAAUGAACUUGUUCUCCUGCAGGGGGUUCACAAUCCAGCCGAGCUGUUGGUUAAUGACAAGGUGGCGCAGUUGCCCCUGACCUUCCCUCAGGGCACUUGGCAGCAUGUGUGUGUGAGCUGGACUUUGCGUGAUGGUGUGUGGAAGGCCUAUCAGGGCGGAAAACUAAAAGGGCGGGGCGAGGGUCUGUCAGCGUGGCAUCCAAUCAAAUCAGGGGGUGUGUUGGUGCUGGGACAGGAACAGGACACACUCGGGGGGCGCUUCGAUGCCUCUCAGGCUCUGGUGGGUGAGCUGUCACUGUUUAACCUGUGGGACCGGGUGCUGCCACCGGGGGAGGUGGCUGCCUUGGCGUCCUGCAGAAACCCCCCACAACAGGGGAACGUGGUGCCCUGGAUCGAGCGGGACAUCGAUGUGUUCGGGGGGGCUGUCAAGGAGCCCGUGGACCCCUGCUCUGGUGGGACUGGGGCCCAGAAGUGAGGGGUGGCACUGUGGGGAAGGGGUUGGGGAAUGGCAUGAAGAUUGGAAGGAUGGCUUUGAAGGGUUUCUUGGUGAAGAACGUCCACUGUGGAACUACAUUCAUAUACAUGCUCACUGUUGUGUAUGUGUGCCUGGCAGGGAUUUGUGUAUGUAUGCGUGUGUAUCUGCAGGCAGGGAGGCUGGCUGGUGUCCAUUAGUGUCUGUGUGCACUACCGUUUAAAAGGUCUGGAUUUGUCUUAUCAAUUAUAAUUUAAUUAUCAAACUAUAAUGCUAAUUAAAUUUAGAUUACAUUCCCAAACUGGGUUUAAUGGCAGGUCCAGCUCAACCAGGACACUUAAGGCUUAAAACAGCUAGUCAAGUAAUGUGAUUCAUUGUGUAUGUUGCUGUUUACAGUCAGUGUAAUACACUAAACUCAAAACCUGCUUAGAAUUUUACUGUAAGAACAAACCAUAGCUGGUUAGCUGACUGAUGCAAAGGUUUAACUACUGCCUUAUUUUAAAACUACUAAAAAUGAUCUGUUAUUGAAUGUUAGCCAGAUUAACCAAUGCUAUCUAUCUUACUGCCUGAUAUUGGCCAGUUAGUUGCCAUCCACCAAAGAUGUAGUUGGUUAAAUAUUUUAGAUUAUGUUUUUUUUUUUUAAAUAAGACUAACACUGAUCACAAUAGGCACAAAACACGGUCUAGCUAAAUGGGCAAAAUGAAUAACUUGCUUUUAAGAAAAGACAAGAGCUUGAAACAACCAAACUCAAACAAAAACAAUGGCAGAUUUAUCAAAAAGGCUAUGUUUAGAGCUAAUCCUUAACAUAAAACACAUUCUGUACAUCAGUUAGAGAACUUUCUGUGUUUAAACUGCUAAUAUCACAUUAGAUAACAUUAUCUGUCUGUUUAAACAUCAAGAAAAAACAAGCUUUUCAGAAACAAAGCAGUACUAAAUAAAUCUGUACUAGUUAUUGACUUUUAAGCUCAUCUGUAUACUAUUUUUUUAUAUAAAAGAAAUAGCUUUUUAAUAAUUUUGGAAAAGAUGUGCACUUCCUGAGAUCAUGCCCAGAAACAAUAUAUGUAAUUAUUUUUACUUUUAUUAUAGUUUGCUGUCAUGCUCUGGAAUUCUACCAAUCUAGUAUUUGAUUAAUGCCACUGUAUUUAGGAAAGUUAAAUUCAUAUAUGAGCAACAAAAUGCGUUUUAUAUGACUUUUUUUUAACGGUAGUGCGCCCUACAUGUGUGUCUUCGGAUCUGCAGAGCCAUAUGCUACAAAUGCUAAGCUUUAUCCGUGUUGUCCAAUGUUCUAUGGCUAUAUUUAUGUGUCCCUCACGCCGGUCUGCUCCUUGCCCACAGUAGAGUACUGCAGAAAAGUAAUGUUGCAUUUUUUUCUCUCUCUUUUCCUUCACUGCAUUCAUGCUUUGCUUUCCACUACAGGCAUACAGCUUCAGCAAUGUUUCUGUUCUUGUUUUUGUUUCCUACACAUUUAUACUGUUGUUUGUAAAAUGCUUGUUGGAGUUCCGCCACGACAACCGCCUUUACUGUGUACUAAACUCACUAAAUGUGCAGCGUGAUUUUUGAUAUUUUUAUUAUUACAUUACUUCUUAUAUUUUGUUCUUUUUAUAAUCUAAAUGCAAGGGUUCUUUUGAUAAAUAAUUUGCAAAACGCAAAAGGCCGUGGGAGUAAGAAUCGCAGUACGCUGCAGUAUUUCAUGCGUUUAUUCCGUAUACCAUGGGAUGUUUUCGUCAUCGUGUUUCAGAAGCUCAUCAGUCGCUCUCACGUGUCACGCGGAGUGAAGAAUCAUAAGGAAGUGCCUGUCUGGGUGACCACACCCACUUUUCUUUUUCUUUUUUCUCCUUUUUUGCUAUUGGUUGAUGAUGAUCAGUUGUGAUGUCAAUGUAGUGCUUGUUCAUGCAUUGUUUGCACCGUAAUGGAGUUAUGAUGAUAUUGUGACGUGGAUGAAAACAUAAAAAAAUACUGAUAAAA